CGCCGUAAUGCAAUCGCGUUCCUGCGUGACUCCAUCCUCGCUUGUUCGACUCACAUUUGACUUAAAACUUCGAAAUUGUAUUAGCUAUGAUAGUUACACGAAGAAAUUCUAUCCUGGAAAAUUCGGUAUGACAGCCUGAUCGAGAAAGGUAGAAAUACAGAAGAGAUCUCGGCCAAACGAUGGGAACCGUUCACGCGAAGGAGCCAGCUAGUAUACCCAAAGAUAUCCGAUCACCAUUGGAUGAUUCGAUAGCAAGAAAGAAGAAUGAUGGAUUAAAAGACUCUGAUCUAUCAUCUCAUUUUAAUAACUAUCAGGAUUCUGCCCUGAUGGACCAACCUCCACCUAGAAGAACAAAAGCUAUACAUUUGCAAAAACUGAAGGCUCGAGUAGAUAAAAUUCACAUAGAUGGUUUAAGGAGAACGAAAGAUGAUAUAAUAGAAGCUCAAGUAUCGGAAUUAUUCAAAGCCCACGAUUUUCAAGAUGUGAUCAUACGGGCGCAUAAAGUUCAAGGAAAGCUAGAAGCUUUAGGAUGCUUCACCGAUGUCGGGGUUUUCAUUGAUACCAGUGAAGGACCGGGUGCCACACCAGAUGGAGUGGAAGUAACUUUUACAGUAAAGGAAAUGAAGCGAUUAAUGGGUGGUGUAAACACUAUGGUUGGUAAUAAUGAAGGAUCCCUUAUAAUCGGUGCAAGGGCACCAAAUAUAUUUGGACGGGGUGAAAGAGUGCAAAUGGAGUAUUCGUAUGGAAGCAAAAGUUCUACUAACGUUAAUAUUUCAGUUGUGAAACCAUUUGUCGACAGUUGGAUACAUAAAGUAUUGACAGCAAGUAUAUUUAAUAGUACAAGCGAUUUUCCAUGGUCUGGUUACAAGCUAACUGAAAACGGAUUUUUAUUGGACAUGACUGUUAAUUCAGAAGAACUGUCAGGUUCAAAACAUAAUUUCCAGUAUGAAGCAGCUUAUAGAGAAAUUUCUGCUUACAAGCAAGCAUCAUUUAGAGUUCGGGAGCAGUGCGGUCCGAAUUUAAAAUCUGCCCUAAGACACAUCUUAUCGCUUGAUAGAAGAGAUGAAUCCAUAUUUCCAACUGUUGGUUCUCUCUUGCAAUUCACCACAGAAGUUGCUGGUCUUGGGGGAAAUAUUGGAUUCGUAAAAAACGAACUCAUUAUGCAAAAUAAUUGGACGUUGUUCGAUUACUUUACUAUCCAACUCGGAGUACAAUCAGGUUUACUACGUGGUAUUAGCAAUGAUAUGCAAAUCAGUAUUUCUGAUCAGUUCUUUUUGGGGGGACCAUUGAAUCUUAGAGGCUUUGAGAUGAGAGGCUGCGGUCCUCGACAUGAUGGAAAUUCUUUGGGUGGAGAUAUCUACUGGGCAAUGGCACUUCAUCUCUACACUCCAUUACCAUUUAACAGAAAUCAUAAUUCCUUCAUGAACCUGUUCAGACUACACGGUUUCGUUAAUGGCGGCAAUUUAACAAAUGCAGCUUUAAAAUUUGGCGGUGAUUACAGGGAAAAUUUCAAAAUUUUUAGUGACAAUGUUCGCUGUUCUGCUGGUGGAGGUCUUGUAAUGAAGCUUGGCAAUGUCGCAAGAGUCGAGUUAAACAUAGUAAUACCAUUAAUGUUCCUUAGAAGCGAUCUACUUCAGCAGUUUCAAUUUGGAAUAGGUCUACAAUAUUUGUAGGUCUGAGCACAAAAAGAAUUACAACAAAGCUGUUAUUUGUUACUACUAAUAGUAGUUGUACAUUAAUAAUGUAUAAUAAUUCAAGUGUGAACACCGUAAAUACUGUGUAAACUGAACACGCCGAGCAAAGAAUAGAUUUGACUCUGUCACAUUUCUAGUUCUGUUCAAACUAUGUGCCUGUACAGCAUUUCAAAUAAAAAGAAUUACUAUUUCUUCAUUUA